AUGCCGUUCCUCCGCGUCGCGCUCUUCUCCGCCGCCGCUUCCUCGGCGGCGCUUCCACGGGGGCCAUCCCCGCCGUCGUCUCCGCUGGAGGCGGUCUCCGUUGUCGAUUACCUGAUCGACUCAUUUGGAUUCUCCCAGGAGGAAGCGGCCAGGGUUUCCAGGCGCCUCAAUCGUUUGAAGGCCCCUCGGAAUCCCGAAUCUGUCCUAGCGUUCCUUAAGGGGAAGGGAGUGAGCGAGGCGGCGGUGAGAGAAGCCGUGUCCCGCCGGCCGACGCUGCUCUACGUGGACGUGGAGAAGACCCUGGCUCCCAAGUUCAGAGCCUUCGAGGAGAUGGGUUUUUCUGGCACGGAUCUGCUGAGGACGCUCGGGCGGAACAGCAGCUUCCUCCAUUACAGCCUCGAGAAGAAGCUGAUGCCCAACAUCUCUCUCCUACAGAGAGAAUGCGGGAUCUCCGGCCGGAGGAUCUUCAAGGUCCUGAAGAGGAGCUCCCGGCUGGUCGGCCGCAGCACGAGCUCGCUCAAGGACCUCAUACGGCGCGUCAGAGAAUUAGGGUUCUCCCAUGGGUCGGUGGCGUUCGAAACGGGCCUCCACGUCGCUGACUCCCUCAGCCAGAGCUCAGUGACCGAGAAGCUGGCAUUCCUGCAGAGCUUGGGCUGGACGGAGGAAGAGACCCUGCGGGCAGUCCGCCGAUAUCCUCUGAUUCUGGGACUAUCGGAGAAGAAGCUCAAGGAUUCGAUGCAGUUCUUCGUGGGGAAAAUCGGAUGCGACGCAUCGUACCUGGCGGCCAACGCGAUCCUGCUCACAUUUAGCAUCGAGAAGAGGGUCAAGCCACGCUACCGAGUCUACCAGACUCUCCAGCUGAUGAAGGUUCCCGAGGGGGGAUGGAGCCUGCUCUCCCUCUUCUCCGUCUCCGAGAGCGUCUUCCUGAACAGGUUCGUCCUCAAGUACGUGGACAGGCACCCUGAACUGAGGGAAGCUUACGACAGUGCAGGGUUUGGAACCAAGCUUCAUGUAUCCCUUGGAUGA